GUGUGAGAGAGGGAGAGAGAGGUGCAGAAGGACUGGAGCUGAUCUGAGCUGUAACAGACACAGUGCAUGAUGCGUGAAUACAAGUUGGUAGUCCUCGGCUCUGGAGGUGUCGGCAAGUCCGCUCUGACUGUUCAGUUUGUUCAAGGCAUCUUUGUGGAGAAGUAUGACCCAACAAUAGAAGACUCGUAUAGAAAGCAAGUGGAAGUGGACGGCCAACAGUGUAUGUUGGAGAUUCUGGACACUGCAGGGACGGAACAAUUUACAGCCAUGAGGGACCUGUACAUGAAGAACGGUCAGGGGUUUGCACUAGUAUACUCCAUAACUGCACAGUCCACAUUCAAUGACCUGCAGGACUUGAGAGAACAGAUCCUGCGAGUUAAAGAUACUGAUGAUGUGCCAAUGAUUCUGGUGGGGAAUAAGUGUGAUCUGGAGGAUGAGAGGGUGGUGGGAAAGGAACAGGGACAGAACCUGGCCCGCCAGUGGAACAGCUGCGCCUUCCUAGAGUCCUCCGCAAAGUCCAAGAUUAAUGUCAAUGAGAUCUUCUAUGACCUGGUCCGGCAAAUCAACAGGAAAACCCCAGUACCUCGGCCAGUACGCAAAAGGUCCACCUGUCAGCUGCUCUAAUACACAGCUGUUCUGUUGCUCUGAGCCAGGUCUGAUUUGCUGCUGUGUCUCUCAGCAGUGCCAGCAUUCCGACUUACUAAAACCUAACAUUGAAUGGACUUUCCUGAGUGGUGACGCCCCUUUAAAGAUACAACCAACCAACAGAUUCAAACUUCCGAUAUCUGACUAGUUUUUGCACAUAACUAACCACCAUGACUUUCCAAAGUCACUCGAAAGAUUUUUACUUAUAAAUAUAUAAAUAUAUAUUCUAACUGUAUGCAAAUGAAAUAGAAAAAUGAUGACAUGGAUACAUGAAUAAAGGAUAGAUGACCUAAAUGAAUUUUAAAAACAUACACAGCUUACACACAGUGUUAUUGCUAACGGACACAGCCACAGCCUUGCAAAUGUUAAGGAGCGUGUGACGAACCUGACUGUGCACGUUGCCAAGGCGAUUACAACGAUGCGAUAUUUAUAAGCACCACUAUUUUAGCCAGAGAUGAGAGGAAGUCCAAAGACAACUAUAUAGUCCAUUUCAUACUGCUAACUUUGCUCUUUGGUUUAUGUGCAUUUCUUUUUGUUGAUUUCUUCUUUUGUAACAUUUUUGCUUUUAUUUCCAUUAUAUUUUUUUCUUUCAUACCUGCAUUUUCUCUUUUUAAAGUUACUAGAAUUUGCUCUGCCAAGAUGGUUAUAUUGCAAGAACUAUUGAUAUGAUUUUUAUCUUUAGGAAAACCUGUGGAUACCUGUGAUGUACGUGUAAAGAGUUAAAAAUAUAAUGAUUUCUGUUACUAUCAUGUCGUUCUUAGCCUUCAAUGCCUUCAGAUAUGUAUUUACACCUGUUUGUUUUUAUUUUCAUUUUUUUCAGGUAAAUCCAACUAAACAAACUGUUAAUCCAUCCUUCAUGUCAGUUUUUUUCUUGUUUACAAAUUUAUUUGUACAGUUUAGAGAAAAAGGGGUUCCAUUUGUGGGGUACAGCUGAGAGGUGCAUUGAAUAUAUAAAUUUAGCGCCUCUUGGUGACCCCUCAUUGAAAUCACUGGUCACAGAAUUUCACUAUUUACUGCCAAAAUUUGGGUUUUAUUAGGAUAAAAUGGAAAAUACGCCUUCAGUGUCUGCACUGCAGUUACUGUAGACUUUCUAGAAAUGGAAUUCCCAAUGCCCUUCUUAAUGCCUGCUAAUGCAACUAAUGAAGUCCAAUUAUAAAAAAAAAAACAUCUUGAAUUCUGUCCAUAAAGUAAAAAAGCUUGCCUGUUAGUGACUGUUUAACUUUUGUAAAACUUGGUUUAAUCUGUUUUCUGUCUGAGUUUCUGUUGGAAAACUGUACUGAAUGUCGGGUGGGGUUUUGUUCCUCUGAUUGGGGUGAAAAGGGAAAACCGAGAGAAAAUGUAUUGUAGGAGGUGCAUUAAUAUGAGGCAUUUAGUGCAUUAUGUAAGGCAUUCAUAAAGCAUUCACUUGAUUUAAAUAAACUUUACAAAACCACGCCACAAAACUUGACUAACAUGAACGUCACUCUCAAACUUUACUUAUUUUGAAGCUGCUGUAUAUUCCAUUAUUGGGUAUAACCUGAAGCAUUAUAAUAGCAUAAUAACAAUAAUAAUAAUCAAAUCAUUCUGGAAUGCUCAAAACUAAAAUACAUCAUUUAGUAAAACAGCUUUAAAGAUUUAGAUUAGAAGCCGAUUUUGAAUCGACUCAUGAAAAAAUGUCAGAUUUGUCCAGAAUCCCUUCAGUGGAUUAAUCUAAUGGUCUCUAGUGGCAAAUGAAGUAUGCAGUCAGGGCCUGGUUUAUGCUUUUAAUAUGGGAUUUCAAAAAUCUUUACAGGGUAACUACCAGGAGCACAAAACUUCCACAUACAUCAUUAUUCCCUAUACUUACCCAGUAUUAGUACUGCUAUACAUUUUAAACAGAAAGUUACAUACGCAGCUUUAUUUUUAAUGAUCAGCUGGAUGAGGUUUAAAUAUUUCCAUUAUAACUUGAACUGCACAUUUUGACAACAUGGAAGUGAGAGUUCAUUUGCCAAUUCUGACCAUUAAAUAAAAUAAAUUCUAUAUGCAAUAGCAUUCAGUUCCUUAAUAUGUACUUUGUACUCUGCACUUCAGAGCUUUUCAUUAAGGCUUUAAUAAUGUUUAAAUCUGGUGGUUACAAGAGUAGCCUGACUAUCAUGGUGUAUAGCAAAAUAUGGAAACAUCAUUAAUAGUAUUUGCACCAUAGAUUACACCUGAUCCUGUAAAACAACCUAAUUAUUUUCACUAUAAUGCCACAGAAACAUUAUUUAUCCCCCCAGUGCACCUAACAGUUGGUAGCAGACAGUGUGGUUUAAAGGUGUACAAUGGCUUGCAAUUUAAUAGAUUUACAUGAUUUAUCUCUCCAUAUUAUUAUUUUCAUUGCUCGGGGGUCCAGGUGUUGUGCUCAUUACACAUCUGUUUCUUGGCCGUUGAUACAACACCUUUUUGAAAGGCAGACGUACCAUUAAUUUUAGCUUCAUGAAGCACCCAACAGUUUUUAUUGAGACUUAUUUGUAAAGGUGGUCGUUCAGUCCUGUAACAUUUUGUGGCUAUAAUUUUAUAGCAUUUAGCACCUUUCCUGUGAAGUACUGUCUUUCCAUGUCAAUAAGCUUCCAUGUGUGACAACUGUUCCUCUUAGCUAAUGCAGUUUGUCUUUGACAUACACUGCCAUGACUUUGGAGACUGUUGAUGCAUGUGCACCUUUUGCCUGGUCUCGUUAGAACUCUGUUGGUUGCUUUAUGUUGCUUUAAAAUCUUGGACAUCAACGUUCUAACUGUCUGAGCUCUUUUUCAACUGAUACAAGCUGCAAACAAUGCAUAGUUUCCAUUGUUUUGUCCACCACCUGUAUGUGAACAAUGAAUGCUUCAUGAAUUAAUUAUGGGGUUGUACUUAAUAUAUGUGAUUUAAUCAUUGAUAGAUACAGGUUAUUGGUGAAGAUCUCUUCCUUUGAUUCUGUAAACAAAUGCCUUGUUAAAGUACUGUUGAAAAGAAAGAAAGAAAGUAAAAAACAUCUCAUUGAUGUUACGGCACUGUAAAAGCUGGCCUCAGUAUUUGAAAUAUGUCUGCAUUAUAGUUUGAGGUGGGUGGGAAGUAUGGGUGGCCAAAUGUAAACUUAAAAGCCUUAAUUGAAGUGGUGCAAUUUUGUAUAAAAGCGUUUCUGUGGUUCAGUGAAUUGGAUUGCCAUGCAAGGGCUUGUGAGUAGCCAGUUUUUCCACUUGAAUGUUUGUGUAUUGUUUCACAGUUCAUCUGUCAAUAAAAAAAAUUAACGUUUGCUCUAA